AGUCUGAAACCUAUUUGAGUGACUCCGAAAUGUUUAAACUGGAUGACGCUUUAUCCGAGGCUUUUCGCAGUCAAGUGCGAAAGAGCAAUAAAAAACCUUCAAAAGAGGAACAAGCAUUAUUGCACUUUAGAGUCAGGUGUUUGGACCUCAUUAUCACAUUCCUGAAGUCAGAACCAAGCUUAUCAUUGGUGCUUCAAACUAUUCUUCCGCUUGUAGCUGCUGCCGAAUUUGGCUUGCAACAUAACCACCAGCAACCCCUGAUGGUGAAAGCUAAACAAGCACUGAAAGUAUUGAAUCACGUUAGAAAAUUUAGUUCAACAGAAGGUGUUGAUAGGAACACGUGUUUACAGAUUCUCAGUGAACUCUUAACGAAGACUGGAAAAGUAACAGAACCAGAAUUAUCACAAAUUCUUGGAAGCCUGGCAGUUUAUGUCGUGUUAUCUGAGAAAAGAACAAACAGUACAGCACUGAACAAGAAAGAAAAGAAGUGGUUUGUUCCGGUCUUUCAGCAAGCGCUUCAAGAGUUUUGUACAGAAAAUGGUACGCAUCAUCGACCCCAGAUCUUCAGCUCCUUAACAAGUGCUAUUCCUGAGGUUAUUUGGGAUUUUGUAUCUAUUAUGCAGACUUAUGGAUUUAGCCCUGAUGUUAGAAUUUUCAAAAGGGCACAAAUACUAGGAAUUCUCACCACUGGUUUGCGACAUUCUAAGGGAACAUCGAUCAAAGAGGGCAAGCUUUUAAAAAUUGGUAAAGAACUUGUUUCUUGUGUUGUCAAGGUUCUCGAGGAGAUAAAGGAUGGGACAGAAAUCAAACCACUGUUUACAACAGAACUUCUGGACCUUCUUCUUGUGGUUGGAACUAUAGUCGAAGAAAAGUGUGAUGAGUGUCCUCUCCGAGAUCAUCCGAACCUUCUGUCCAUUCUCACUGGUAUCAGUGGUAAGGAGCGGAAACGUCUAGAAAAGCGAGGUCAACACACGUGGAGGAAGUUGGUUGCCAAACUUGGAGGUGAAUUAAGUGUACAAUCCAAGCAGACUUCCAACAAAGAAUCCGAAAAACCAGAAAGGGAGACAUUUAAACGAAAAUCUGCCAUUAACACAGACAUUUACUCUCCUUCAAAAAAAUCAAAAUUUAACAAAGAGGACCCAGAAAUUCAACAAAAUCACGAAAAUAAUUCAUUAUUAGAAAAAUCUCAGAAUGAUAUCAGAGAUCACAUGGCAACAGAUAAUGUGAAUACAUCUAUCGUGAGAGAGAAAAAAAAUAAAAAACUCACUCUUGAGCCUCUACAGCCAUCAGCAAGUGAAACCAAUGAGAAUGAAAGAAGCAACGGGCUCCAAUCGCCAACUUCAGAGAAAAAGAAAAGUCACAGAAAGGGAAAAAAGGAUGUUUUACAAACUCGUGAGCUAUCCUGUGGCUCAGAAGAUCCAUUAAAUCGUACAAGUCAAGUGAUCUUUCCUCAGACAGAAAAGAAAAAAAAGUUAAAAACGAAAGAAAAGAGAAAAAGUAGUCACUUUUAAAUUUUUAGAUGUGGUUUAGACUCAUUUUCAACAAUAAAAAUUAUCUU